UUACACUGGGGUGGGUUAUCAGUCCAUGGGCUCCGUUUUUUAAUAGUUUUUCAUAAAGCUCAACUACCUUUAUAUGCGUAUAGUAACAAGCGGUUAUAUCUAAAAUCAAUUUUUUUUGUCCUUGUGUGGCACCCUAAGUGUAUGGAUACAUUUGUGAAUUUGGUCAAGCAGCCACAUUUGGCAGGCUCACAUCUAUUGCUAAAAUGGUAACGACUCGUUCUGUCUAUUUCCUCCGUGUCUAUCAACUUAACGGCAGCCAUGAGCAUGCUCAGGCUCCAGAAGCGCUUGGCAUCAAGUGUGCUGCGCUGUGGCAAGAAGAAGGUGUGGUUGGACCCCAACGAAACCAAUGAGAUUGCUAAUGCAAACUCCCGUCAGCAAAUUCGAAAACUGGUGAAGGAUGGUUUGAUCAUCAGGAAACCUGUGACUGUUCACUCCCGUGCCCGCUGCCGCAAGAACACGCUGGCACGGCGCAAGGGGCGUCACAUGGGAUAUGGUAAACGAAAGGGUACAGCCAAUGCUCGUAUGCCCGAGAAGUUGUCAUGGAUGCGGCGUAUGAGAAUCCUGCGUCGUCUUCUUCGUCGCUACAGGGAGUCAAAGAAAAUUGACAGGCACAUGUACCACAGUCUUUACUUGAGGGCCAAGGGUAACGUCUUCAAAAACAAGCGCAUCCUGAUGGAACACAUCCAUAAACUGAAGGCUGAUAAGGCUCGCAAGAAGCUUCUGGCUGACCAGGCUGAGGCCCGCCGUACAAAGACAAAGGAGGCCCGUAAACGCAGAGAGGAGCGUCUUUUGGCCAAGAAAGAAGAGAUUAUCAAGAACUUGUCAAAGGAAGAGGAGACUGCAAAGAAAUGAAACAAAUAUUAAGUCUGGCAGGUUCAACUUUUUGUUGUUAAUAAAUCUGGAUAAAAUUGUCAAAUUGUGUCCUUACUUUUGUGAAGAAAGGGAUGAGAAUGAGUGAAUUUGCCAUGUAAAUUACUUUGAUUUAUUGAGAUGAAAAAAAGAUGUAGCAGGGGAGCGCUACAGGCCGUCCUAAGAUCUAGUAAUUCAUCUCAAAGCAGUAUGUUUUAAAGUCAGCAUAAAUUAUGCAGGGAAUAAGUAUUAGAGCACAUCUUUUUUUCUUCUGUACAGCAUUAAUAUGCUGUAUGACUAGAGGAAAACAUAAGUGAAUGUUUACAGCACUCCAACAGGUGGCAGCAGAGCACUAAAUGCAGUAUAAAAGGAUACUGAUCAUUUUAGACAGGCAGGAUGGUAGUGACUUCAAUUGCAUCCAGUGAGGAGAGCAGAUAUGUUCAUAGGUUUCUGUUGAUUUUUCAGCUACUGUCGUGCACGGCAGCUGAUAAACAACUGCAAAGAAAAGAUGCGAUCUAUACAUCUUAACAGGGAUAAGUCUCAUGUUCUCCAUCAUAUUUGAACACAGCUAAAUGUCUUUGCUCCUGCAUCAAAAACUUGAAACUUUUUGUGUACUAUAGAAACAAAAUGUUGGCAACACAUGUUCCUCUCUGCAGAAAGAAGUUCCAGCAGUACUUGUGAAAACAUGGAUAUAAUGCUCACCUCCUCAGUCUCGGUAAAGUUUCCACAGCAUGCAGAUUGUUUGCACUUGUUAUUUUGGACCGGGAUGUUCAUGUUUAAUUCACACACAUCUGCUCAUGGUGCGCAGGGACCAGUCCUGGUAAAUUCGACUCCUAGGUAAUGUCCCCGCUAAACUAACAGAGAGGGG